UUACUGCCGCUUCUCCCGGCGAACGUCACUUCCGUGCCUAUCCGAUCGCUGGUGGCUGGAGUGUGAUCAGGAGGAACGUUCUACAUUUCAGCCCCGAUCACCUGAUCACACGCCGCCCUUUCUCUGCCAUCAUGUCGGAGUUUGACGCUUUCGGCUCUGUCGGUAAUGGAGUGUCCGCCGACGAGGACCCGGCCGCCGCCUUCCUGGCACAGCAGGAGAGUGAGAUCGCCGGCAUCGAGAAUGAUGAAGGCUUCAGCAUCCUGGACGGCGGGGAAGUGCCCGGCAACCUGCACGAUGGGGCGGCAGAUGGUGUUCUGAAUGGCGACUUCUACCAGGAGUCUAAUGGUCCGACAGACAGUUAUGCAGCGAUUUCCCAAGUCGAUCGUCUACAAGCAGAACCAGAGAGCAUCCGCAAAUGGAGGGAAGAACAAAGGAGUCGUCUAGAAGUGCUUGAUGCCAACUCCAAAAAGCAAGAGUCUGAAUGGAAGGAGAAAGCUUCGAAAGAGCUUGACGAGUGGUAUGCCAGACAAGAUGAAUUGUUACAGAAAACAAAAGCAAAUAAUCGGGUGGCAGAUGAAGCUUUCUACAAACAACCCUUCGCUGACGUGAUUGGUUAUGUCACAAACAUAAACCAUCCUUGCUACAGCCUAGAACAGGCUGCCGAAGAAGCUUUUGUAAGCGAUGUUGAAGAAACAAACCCAGGAACUGAGUGGGAAAGAGUGGCUCGUCUGUGUGACUUUAACCCCAAGUCUAGCAAGCAAACAAAAGAUGUUUCGCGCAUGCGGUCCGUCCUGAUAUCACUCAAGCAGGCUCCAUUGGUUCACUGAGAAGAAAGCACCACAAAGCAAUAUGACACUUCCAAUAUUUUAAUCUCAGAGAAGCUAUGUUUGCAAAAUAAAAUUUUACUUUUUUCCUCCUUUUCGGGACCAAACUUCCUCAUGUAUUUGAUAUUGAUCAUUGUAUGUAAUGGCUCCUGUUUCUCCCUUGUGCUAAGGAAUUACGUUUGGGAGGGAACUCCACAUCUGAUCAUAGUCUCAGUGUAAUACAGAUUGUCAAUGGAUUUGUGCAGAAGUGUAAUAGUGAUAUUAAAAGUCUAUAUAUGGUCAAAACUUUA